AUGGCCGGUGGCGCAGCGAAUUGGUUGCGGGCCCUCACGGGCGGCUCUGUGAUUAUUGGCGUAGGCUACCUGCUGCUCAAGACUGCUACGCCGAACGAGCAGGAGCUCUAUGAUAGUCUGUCCCCUGACUUGCGCCGCAAAGUGGAUGCACAACGACGUGCGCACGUCGAUGCCGCGCGCGCUGCUGAGGUGAAGCAGGAGCAGGAGCUUCUUGCGGCACAGCAGGACACGGCCAAGGCACGCUGGAUCCAGUGA